CUGCUGAUGUGACAACCCCAUGACCAGGCAGACCAGCCUCCGAGUGGCCACACCCUGUGCUUCUGUCUGUCCUCCAAGCACCAAGGUCCCUCCAUCUGCACAACAGGGACAGAGGCAGGAGACGCCAUGACCCCCACCCUCACGACCCUGCUUCUCCUCGGGCUGAGUGUGGGACCCAGGACCCGAGCUCAGGCAGGGACCCUCCCUGCACCCUCCCUCUGGGCUGAGCCAGGCUCUGUGGUCCCUCGGGGUAGCGCUGUGACCAUCUGGUGUCAGGGAAUCCUGGAGGCCCACGAGUUCCAUCUGGAUAAAGACGGACACUCAAUGCCCUGGGACAGACAGAGGCCACUGGAGCCUGGGAACAAAGCCAAGUUCUCCAUCACAUAUGUGAGACAGCAGUAUGCAGGCCGAUAUCACUGUUCCUAUCAAAGCUCCACUGGCUCCUCAGAGGGCAGUGACCCCCUGGAGCUGGUGGUGACAGGUUUCCAUGCCGAACCCACUCUCUCAGCCCUGCCCAACCCCAUGGUGACUUCAGGAGGGAAGGUGACCCUCCAGUGCACCUCAUUGAUGGGAUUCCAUAGGUUCGUCCUGAUGAAGGAAGGAGAACCCAGGCCCGUCUGGACCCUGGACUCCCAGCAACCCACCAGUGGACAGUUCCAGGCCCUGUUUCUUGUGGGCCCUGUGACCCCCAGCGCCAGGUGGACAUUCAGAUGCCAUGGCUAUUUCAACAACACUCCCCAGUUGUGGUCACAGCCCAGUGACCCCCUAGAACUGCUGGUCUCAGGUAUGUCCAGGAAGCCCUCCCUCCUGACCCAGCAGAGCCCUGUCGUGACCCCUGGACAGAGGUUGACCCUCCAGUGUCGCUCUGACAUCGGCUAUGACAGAUUCGCUCUAUACAAGGAGGGGGCACGUGACCUUCUCCAGCACCUUAGCCUGCAGCCCCAGGCUGGGCUCUCGGGGGCCGACUUCCCCCUGGGCCCAGUGAACAGCUCCCACGGGGGCCGGUACACAUGCUAUGGUGGACACAACCUCUCCUCUGAGUGGUCGGCCCCCAGUGACCCCCUGGACAUCCUGGUCACAGGACAGCUCCUCUCCACACCCUCCCUCUCGGUGCAGCCGGGACCCAUGGUGGCCUCAGGAGAGAACGUGACCCUGCUGUGUCAGUCCUGGAGCUUUGUGGACACUUUCCUUCUGUCCAAGGAGGGGGCAGCCGACCCUCCCCUGCGUCUUAGAUCAAAGUACCGAGUUGGACAUUACCAGGCCAAAUUCUCCAUGAGUCCUGUGACCUCAGCCCAGGGGGGGACCUACAGGUGCUAUGGCUCAUAUAGCACCUCCCCCCACCUGUUGUCACACCCCAGUGACCCCCUGGAGCUCCAGGUCUCAGGAUCCUCUGGAGAGCCCGGCCCCCCAGCCACAGAUCCCAGCUCAACAGCUGGUCCCAACCGGUACCUGUACGUCCUCAUCGGGGCCGCGGGGGCCUUCGUCCUGCUGCUCUGCCUCCUCGUCGUCCUCCUUGUCCGUCGCCGGCGUCAGGGCAAAGGCAGGAAGCCGGGGACCGCAGACCCAGAGCCCCAGGACAGAGGCCUGCAGGACAGCUCCGGGCCAGCUGCCGCCACCCAGGAGGAGACCCUCUCAGAUGCCGCCGUGCAAGACGCACAGCCCGAGGAGGGGGUGGAGCUGGACCAGCGGCAGGACGCGGAGGAUGGAGACCCCCAAGGAACGAUGUAUGCCCAGGUGAGCCACUCAAGAUCAAGACUCAGUCGGGGACCGGCCACUUCUCCUUCCCCCCUGUGGGGGGGAUUGCCGGACACAGGAGACAAACAAGCAGAGGAAGACAGGCAGAUGGACAGUCAGGUGGGUCCUCUCUUCUCCAGGCUCCCAGGCUCCCCCCACGCUAACCACACACCUCCCCUCUCCCUCCGCCCACUGCAGGCUGCCGCAUCUGACGCCCCCCCAGAUGUGACCUACGCCCAGCUGAACCGCUUGACGCUCAGACGGGAGACGAGUGCACCCCAUUCCUCCCAAGCCAGGAAGCCUCCAGCAGAGCCCAGCGUGUAUGCUGCUCUGGCCAUCCGCUAGCCCAGGAAGGACCCACACCCCACACUCCAGGGAGGGGACCGCGGGGACCCCAGGAGGCACGGGAGCUGCCCACAGAGGCCGCCUAAUGGCCCCAGCCAGCCUGGACUCCUAACAUAGACCAAUUUACUGGAUACAUGGUCAAUAUUUAGAAAUCAGUUGCAUUCAGAGUUCCAGUUCUGGAUGAAGGUAGAGUAGGUGGAUCCCCCCUAUUUCUUUAUACUGGUGAGACUGAUUAUUUACUUCUGACCUCCAGAAUUAUAAUAAAUCUAUGUUAUCUUAA